UAUUUCAGCAACAAACGAAGAAAAAAAAAAAAAAAAAAAAAACAAGCGAUCAGAGAGAGAGAAUCAGAGCGAGAGAGUGGAAAUUCCAUCGCUGUGAGGACCGUACGCGUAAGGCUGGGAAUGGAUGAAGAAGAAGGAAGAGACUGCAUUGAUUUUUCGAUGAAGAUUGGUCCGAAUCCGUGAGAUUCACGCAAAUCCAAUCCCUCAGAUCGAUUUGCUCUGCAUUGAUUUCUCUGCAUUGAUUUCUCUUCUCUCUUUCUCUGCUCGUUUCCUAGUCGAUUUUUUUGGAAUAAACAAAUGAACGGCGGCGGAGAGGGCCUCGCGGCUCUGGCGACGUCAGGGGUGGCCGUAUCGCCGCUCGAGUGGAAGUUUGCGAAGGUCUUCGGAGAAAGGACCGCCGGCGAAGAAGUUCAGGAAGUUGAUAUAAUAUCCGCUAUUGAAUUUGAUAGAACGGGGGACCACCUUGCCACUGGAGAUUGUGGAGGCCGCGUGGUUUUAUUUGAAAGAACUGAUAUAAAGGAUCAUGGUGGACACCGGAGAGAUCUGGAGAGGAUGGAUUAUUCAAUCAGUGGGCAUCCUGAGUUCCGCUAUAAAACUGAAUUCCAGAGUCAUAAAAUCGAGUUUGAUUAUCUUAAGAGCUUGGAAAUUGAGGAAAAAAUCAACAAGAUCAGAUGGUGUCAAACAGCUAACGGUGCACUGUUUCUCCUCUCCACUAGUAGCAAAACCAUCAAAUACUGGAAGGUGACCGGUCAAGAGACGAGCCUUGUGGCUAGAUGUCGAAGACUCUAUGCCAAUGCUCAUGACUAUCAUAUUAAUUCGAUUUCAAAUAACAGCGGUGGUGAAACUUUUUUAUCAGCUGAUGACCUUCGAAUUAAUCUUUGGAACCUAGAGAUUAGCAAUCAAAGUUUUAAUAUUGUUGACAUGAAGCCGGUAAACAUGGAGGAUCUAACUGAGGUGAUAACAUCCGCUGAAUUUCACCCUACUCAUUGUAACAUGUUGGCAUACAGUAGCUCAAAAGGCUCAAUUCGUCUUAUAGAUCUGCGGCAGUCAGCUUUAUGUGACACUCAUAGCAAAUUGUUUGAAGAACAAGAAGCGCCCGGCUCAAGAUCUUUUUUCACUGAAAUAAUAGCAGCAAUUUCAGAUAUUAAGUUUGCUAAGAACGGAAGACAUAUACUAAGUCGGGAUUACAUGACUCUUAAGUUAUGGGACAUCAACAUGGAUUCUGGCCCAGUUGCCACUUUUCAGAUUCAUGAACAUCUAAGACCAAAGCUCUGUGAUUUAUACGAAAAUGAUUCUAUCUUCGAUAAGUUUGAGUGCUGUCUAAGUGGAGAUGGACACCGAGUGGCAACAGGUUCUUACAGCAAUCUGUUUCGAGUGUUUGGUUGUUCUGAAGGGAGCACAGAAGCAACAACAUUGGAGGCCAGCAAAAACCCCCUGAGGAGACAAGUUCAAUCUUCGGGCAACCUUCGUCGUGUUAUCAGGCGAGGUAUGUUCUUCCAUCAUAACAUAAAAGGUGCGGAUAACUCUGGAGCUGAUGCAAACGGAAAUCCUUUUGACUUCACAACAAAGUUGCUACAUCUUGCAUGGCACCCUUCUGAGGAUUUAAUCGCCUGUGCUGCUUCAAGCAGCCUAUACAUGUAUUAUGCGUAAAAGUAGUACGGAAAGUUGCUUGUCUUGGCCGGCAAAGCUCUUCUGAUUUCUAUUGACAAAACGUUGCUUGCCUUCUUCUCCGGCUAGUGAUGUUAAGAUUUGUCGGCUUAAUUCGUCUGGUUAUCGGGUGUUUAUUGUUUUAGGUAAAUGUUUUUGGUGUAGGCAAACUGAUCAUCUCUAUAUUGUACGAGGUUCGGUCAUAAUUUCGAAGCAUAUGGACUAGUUUUGGUGAAUUAGGUGCUUCCUUCAUUUAGUUUGUGCUGACAUUAGUAUAUAGCCCUUGGGGGCUAGGAAUUUGUAACAAACUUUUCUCUUGUUCCUAAACCACUAUUUUAUCAAGUAUAUGGUGAACUUUCCUCUUUUUGUU